AGACAUUAAUAGGGAUUUGGUGUGAAAUGUCAAACGAACCAUUGUAUGAUGAUCUGCGCCACAUUUUUUCCACUAUAGAAAGUGAAUCAUUUUGUGUUGACUUCGAUCGAAUUGAAAGUGAAAAAUAGCGACCGGUAAAGAUGUCCGAAGUUGAAAAGAAGGUUAAUGAAUCGGUGCCAGAGCAAAAUGGUGCAGAUGAUGUAGACGCAAAUGCAGAAGUGGCUGAUGAAAAAACUGCAAAUGCCAAAAAGAACAAAAAGAAGCCCAAUAACAAGAAGAAAAAAGCGGCCGAAUCAAAGGAGGUCGAGGCGGAAAAUAAUGAUGAAAAAGAGAAUAAAGUGAUUGGUGAAAAAGACGAGGAUGAUGGCGAGGAGGCUGACGGUGAUGAUGCUGCCAAAAAGAAAAAGAAGAAGAAGAAUAAGAACAAGAACAAGGGCAAAGAUGGUAAAAAGGUGCAAACCACACCGCCAAGCAUCCCAAUCGCCGAACUAUUCCCCGAUGGCAAUUUCCCAGAAGGAGAAAUCCUAAAGCAUCCAACAUUCACUGACGAUCGCAAAGCUGCCGAUCGAUUCACAAGUGAAGAAAAACGUGCUUUGGAUCGCUUGCACACCGACAUCUACAAGGAACUCCGUUUGGCGGCCGAAGCGCAUCGCCAAACGCGUCAGUACAUCCAGAAUUGGGUGAAACCCGGCAUGUCCAUGAUCCAAAUUUGCGAAGAAUUAGAAAAUACGGCACGUAAACUCAUCGCUGAAAAUGGUUUGGAAGCGGGUCUGGCAUUCCCGACCGGUUGCUCAUUAAAUCAUUGUGCCGCGCAUUACACACCGAAUGCCGGCGAUACUACCGUUUUGCAAUACGAUGACAUUUGUAAAAUCGAUUUUGGUACGCACAUCAAAGGUCGUAUCAUCGAUUGUGCCUUCACAUUGGCAUUCAAUCCAAAAUUCGAUAAACUCAAAGAAGCCGUACGCGAUGCCACCAACACCGGUAUCCGUGAGGCUGGUAUUGAUGUUAGGCUGUGCGACAUUGGUGCUGCCAUUCAAGAAGUCAUGGAAUCGUAUGAAGUGGAAAUCGAUGGUAAAACGUAUCAAGUGAAAAGCAUCCGUAAUUUGAACGGCCAUUCAAUCAGCCCAUACCGUAUUCAUGCUGGCAAAACGGUUCCGAUUGUCAAGGGUGGCGAAACAACACGAAUGGAGGAGAAUGAAUUCUAUGCCAUCGAAACAUUCGGUUCAACGGGUCGAGGAUUGAUUCAUGAAGACAUGGACUGUUCACAUUACAUGAAGACAUUUGACACUCCAUAUGUUCCAUUGCGUUUACAGUCAUCGAAAUCAUUGUUGAACACAAUCAAUAAGAACUUCAGCACGUUGGCAUUCUGUAAGCGUUGGUUGGACCGUGCCGGUGCUACCAAGUAUCAAAUGGCACUCAAAGACUUGUGCGACAAAGGUGUUGUCGAAGCAUACCCACCGUUGUGCGAUAUCAAAGGCAGCUACACUGCCCAAUACGAACACACAAUCAUGUUGCGGCCAACCUGUAAGGAAGUCGUCUCACGUGGCACAGAUUAUUAAAUCGGUCAUUUUACUCCAAAGUCAUACCUUUUGCUCUUGGUUUAUAUUCAUUCAAUUUUGUUUUUCCUAACAAAUUUGUAAUUUGAACCCAUUACAAAUCAUUAAAGAACCUAACCGAAGUUUUUAUUCCAAA